AUGGCCUACUCAAGCGAGGAUAACAUAGAAUCAUAUAUAUAUCGAAAGUACGGAUUUCCGAAUUUAUUGGGAGCGAUCGAUGGAACACACAUUAGAAAUGCUCAGCCCAAAGAACACCAUGCCAGCUAUAUUAACCGCAAAGGAUUUCAUUCUAUUAAAACUCAGCUAGUAUGUGAUCAAAAAUUAAAAAUAAUUCAUGCGUACUGUCGUCAAACAGGCUCAGCCCAUGACGCUCGAGGCAAGGUUCAAUCAAGAUUCGUUGCGAUACAAGACAAUAGAUUCAAGUGCUCACAUGAUGAGCAAAUGUGCGUUAACGCAUCAUUAAAAGGAAGAUUUCGUAGUUUGUUGAAUAAACUGCCAUUCAAAAGAAUGGACUUAAUACCAUAUUACGUAAUUGCUUGUUGUAUUUUGCACAACAUUUGCAUUAUGAGAGAUGAUUUGAUCGACAUCCCAAUAAUUGAGAAUCAUGAAAUUCCAGUAAUGGAAGUAGAUAUUGAAAUGAAUAAUGACAUGAAAAUUGCUGAAUAG